AUGGUUCGACUCCUGAUAAACAAUGUUUGCUUGAUUGGAGGACCACCGAACACGACAAAACGAUUCAAGUACAAGAAAGACUCGGUGACACAAGUUAGGAACGAGGGUUAUAGGCAGUGCAACUCGUCGAACCCGAGAUUCUACUCGGAUACGGGCAAGACACGAUUCAUGUUUGAUCGCUCUGUUCCUUAUUACUUUUAUAAGUGGAGAAUGUCUAGACACUGCGAAAAACGGAAGAUGAUCGUCGAAGUCUUAUCUCGCGAUAAGACUACCACGUCCUUUGCUCCACCGGCUGCCUUGGAUGUUUGGUUCUGCUUCUUUAGCCUCUCGUUAUCUUAG